CGCGCCGUCGUUGUUGUGAUGACGCACUGACGCACAGUUACCUCAGAGACGACCAGGCGAACGGUCAACGCCAAUGCGAUGGUAGCAGUGACAACCAAGGCCGUAGCGGACUGGAAGAGGGUUUUUUACGCGAAGGAGUGCACCGGCAGCACACACAGGCUUUAACUUUAGCCCGCCAUGACCGCGAAGCUGUAGUUUUAGGCUAAAUAAGCUUCUCGUUUGCAGCUGACGCGUCGUGUCAACACAAAGGCCUAUGUAGCUAGCUAGUUCCUCGGCUAGCUAGCUAGCAAGGGGUUGAACGCCAACCUCUGCUGCAGCAAAAGUAACUGGGGUGACAUUUUUGUAUGUUUUACUUGUAGCGUAGUGAAUCUCCUCCACCGAGACGACGACAUUUGAGUGUUUCCUCGCCUCUCCACUACAAUGACGGAACAGGGCGCAGUGGUCAUGCAGCAGAAUUUGGACAGGAGCUGCUGGGUGUGCUUCGCCACAGAUGAAGACGACCGCACAGCAGAGUGGGUGCGUCCCUGUCACUGCCGCGGCUCCACCAAGUGGGUUCACCAGGCCUGCCUGCAGCGCUGGGUGGACGAAAAGCAGCGUGGCAACAGCACGGCACGCGUGACCUGCCCACAGUGCAACGCAGAAUACCUCAUCGUCUUUCCCAAACUGGCUGUCAACAUCGAAGCAGCAGUUUUGAGCAAAUUUUCAUGUCCAGUGGUCUACGUGCUGGACCUGGCCGACCGGCUCAUCUCUAAGGCCGGACCCUUUGCGGCAGCCGGCAUCAUGGUGGGCUCCAUCUACUGGACUGCCGUCACAUAUGGAGCUGUCACCGUCAUGCAGGUGGUUGGACAUAAGGAGGGCCUGGAUGUUAUGGAGCGGGCCGACCCUUUGUUCCUGCUCAUCGGCCUGCCCACCAUCCCCGUCAUGCUGAUCCUCGGCAAGAUGAUCCGCUGGGAGGACUACGUGCUGCGUCUGUGGAGGAAGUACUCCAACAAACUGCAGAUCCUCAACAGCAUCUUCCCAGGGAUUGGCUGUCCAGUUCCUCGGAUCCCGGCAGAGGCCAGCCCCCUGGCCGACCACGUGUCGGCCACACGGAUCCUGUGCGGCGCCCUGGUCUUCCCCACCAUCGCCACCAUCGUGGGGAAGCUCAUGUUCAGCAGUGUCAACUCCAACCUACAGAGGACCAUCCUGGGAGGAAUCGCCUUCGUGGCCAUCAAGGGAGCGUUUAAGGUGUACUUCAAACAGCAGCAGUACCUGAGGCAAGCUCACCGCAAGAUCCUCAACUUCCCCGAGCAGGAGGAGGCCUGAGGAGGAGGACCGGAUGAACCACACAUACACACACACCUACAGUACACACACACACACACCUACAGUACAGUACACACACCUCUGCCUUUAGGGGUCAGGGGGCGGAGGAGGAAAUGAACCCGUCAGACUCAGGAUCAGUGUCGCCCGCACUUACCUGCUCCUCGAACCCUCUCACCCUUUCUGGAGCCGCCAACAUUCGACACAAGGAUCCCAAGUAUCGCCGCUUCAGUUUGAACCUUCCGACGUAUUCGUGAGGUGAAGACGGAUCAGACUGACGCACACAGAGCGGAGCAUGUUUGCAGUCUCACACACACACACACACACACACAUCUCCUCUCUAAGAACCGGUGCCGGGUGGAUGUGUCACAUAAACUAACACCUAUUGUAAACAUAAGUGUAUUUUAAAGGACAUCAGAUAUGUGGGGCAUGUGUAAUUAUAAAGUUUUAUAACAUUAAUAAAUGACUGUUUUAUAAUGUUUAUUUUGCAGAUUUGAAAAGUCCCCUUUGCCAAUGUUGGAGGAUUUAUAACGACAAAGGAAUAUGUUGUGUUUGGAAUGUAUUAAAGAGGAAACAAAUGUGCAAACAUGAUGCAGUGCGUUAAUGCAGCCGGGGGGGGGUGUCGAGGUUUCAUCUGACGGUACGAAAACCCACUGACCACCGAGCAGAAGUUAGAGCACAGCCUUUUAUUUAUUUGCUUCCUCCUCGUACCCCGGAAGUGUCCACGUCUGUUGCUUUAUCUCCACUUUCCAAAAAAAGCUCUUCUGUGGUUGUUUAAAUCUCGGUCAUCACCACAGUGGUGCAGGUGCGCAGCCUGUUGCCAUGACACCACCUCCUCCGGCUGCGUGGAACGUCCAUGGACGAUCUUUUUCGCAGCACGUUUGAGAUGUGACACUUCGCUCAAAGAACUCGGGAACUUGAACAGUUUUUUUUCCCCCCUCUCUGGGUUUUAUUUCACAAAAUCCUUUUUUCUUUAUCGUUCCUGUUCCUCCGUCAUGUGACCAUCGGGCUGCGUCAGCGUGAGCCGCGGCUCAGCUCAGACACGAGUGGCAGUUUUGAAAUGAGUCAUGGAAGGAGCUGACACUUUGGACGGUCUUUAAAGGGUCAGUUCACACAAAUGACGAGCCAUAUUUCCUCUAGUGGCGUGAAGCCAUGCAGAUAUUUUUGGUUUUUUAAUUUCUGCUUCAACCAUGGAGAUGAAAAAUCACCUAUAGAAAUGUCAUCUCUGGUACCAGUGUAAACGGAGACACCAUUCAAACUGGAUCACACCAACAGAUGUACUGGUGAACAAGAUCUGGAUUCAAGUACAAGUGGAGUUCAGUUGUUUGAUCUCCAGUGAGCUGAGAGAUGUUUGUGUAGAUCAUCGGGAGUGUAAUGUGAUCACUUUGAUUUAUUGUGCUGCUUUCUGCCACUGAGGACACGUGACAACCUGUGGUCUGUGGCGUCCUACGUGGAAUAAUUUAACCUGCACAUGUGAACUGUGCCUGUUUUACAGAUGUUCUCUCCCCCCACCACCACCCCUUACAUUCACCGUUCAGUCUCCACUCUGCCAAAAUAAGUGUGAACUGUGUUUGUUGCUUCUGACUAGAGUUCAAUGGUUUCAGUUCUGUGAAUAAAUGUAUUUUUCCAAA